CUGAAUAUCUUGCCUCGUCACAGCUAUCGCAUUCUAGACGAACUCUACUUGAUCAACCCCUCGAGCAAAGCCGGCACCUGCCCACAUUCGCAAAAAUGAAGCCUGUCGUUAGUGCCAUGCAAGCAUGGUCUUGUGUUGUGGUAUCCGCAUUCGCCAUCGUCAUCCUCUCCAUUAUCGGCGCCCUCUUUAAAUCCAAGCAUCACGAGCUAGCAGGCGGCACCGAAGACCCCGAAAACACGGACGCUGUGGCAUCGACAGUAUUCAUCGCCGUGCUCGUAUACGCGGGAUUCCUCGUCUUCUGCGGCCUCCAGGGCAUGCUCCACGUCCGCGAAAACAGAAGGGGCUCGAUAGCGUUGUAGGGGAAACGCAUCGCUCAGUUUAUUCACCGCGUCAGCGACGGCGAGCUGGGGAGGAAAACCAAGUUAGGGUUCCUCAGAUAUAAGGAACCUGAAAUAGUAAAAUUGUCGAUUUGCCUACGAUUCGA